AUGAGACCAAAAGAAAACGUCAAUACCAGAAUUCGCAUCCAACACUCAGAUGCACAACAACAACAACAACAACAACAACAACAACAACAACAACAACAACAACAACAACAACAACAACAACAACAACAACAACAACAACAACAACAACAACAACAACAACAACAACAACAACAACAACAACAACAACAACAACAACAACAACAACAACCAAAAUCAUCAAAGACAGAAACUCAAGGACUCGGCUACUACUUACUCAGCGUGAGCCAACUCAUGGCGAAGGGUAUUCAUCUCAAGGCCGACAGCACCACCCAAGAAUUCAAGCUGUACCACAGGAAAGGCGGGCUCUACAUCGGAAAGGCGGUCUUGAAAAACGACGUCUUCGUCCUCGACUUCGUCCAAGAUCUAGGCACCGCCGACAGCGACGGCAUCAUAAGCUUCACCACCUGGACGCACCCACCAGAUCUUGACCCCGACUUCAGCCCCGGAGGCUUUUGA